UUAUUCAAUUUUAUUUUGUUUCCACGAAACACCCAAUGGUGGAACCAUCGUUGACGAGAACGAAACCCUACGGAAUUUCAGUCGGAUACACAGGAAGUUUAGGGGUAUAUUUUCUGUAGAAGCUAGCCGGUUAACUAGCAUAAGGCGCAAAUCACUAUUGUUUAAAAUAUUAUCUAUUUUUAUUAAUACGAGUUGAAAUACAGCUCCCAGUAUGUUGAUUAAAGUUAAGACACUCACAGGCAAAGAAAUAGAAAUUGACAUCGAGCCUACAGACAAGGUGGAGAGAAUCAAAGAGAGGGUGGAAGAAAAGGAGGGUAUUCCACCCCAACAGCAAAGACUAAUUUAUAGUGGAAAACAAAUGAAUGAUGAAAAAACAGCUGCCGACUACAAGAUCCAGGGAGGAUCUGUACUGCAUUUAGUUCUGGCUCUCCGAGGAGGGGAAGUCCUUUACUAUACCAGCUAUUGUCUCAUGUCUUUCUUUUAAUAUUUUCUGCUAGGCAUGUAAAUGG